GUCAAGAAAAUACAAUUUAUAUUAGGAGUAACAACUCAGAGCAUCGCCCAAGUCGAUCUAUUACUAAUCAGUCGACUAAAAUCUCUAUAUAUAUCCUUAAGGCAAGGACACAAUUAAGAAUCACAAACACCACUAACAAUCAUGAGAAAACUUAUUACUAGCCCAACAAGCUUGUACUACUAUGCUUUCGUAGUUGUGCUCCUCGCCAUUUCCACCAACUUCCUGCACACCACCAAUGCCCAGGCUUGCAAACCAGGCAAACCCCUACCCGGAAUCAAACCCCCACCGGGCCAAUGUGACCCAAAAGGUGCUGACUGCUGCAAAGCUGGGAAAAGCUACACAACCUACAAGUGCUCACCCCCGGUUACUAGCCACACCAAAGCAACACUGACCUUAAACAGCUUUGCUAAAGGCGGGGACGAGGGUGGGGCCUCGGCGUGUGACAAUCGCUACCACUCAGAUAAUACCCCUGUGGUGGCGCUGUCAACGGGAUGGUACAACAAGGGUUCUCGCUGCCUGAAAGAGAUCAUUAUCAACGGCAAUGGGCGUACAACAAGGGCGAAGGUUGUUGAUGAGUGUGACUCCAGAAAGGGGUGUGAUGAAGAACAUGGCUACCAAAUUCCUUGUAGAUUUAAUGUUGUUGACGCGUCUAAGGCUGUUUGGAGAUCCCUUGGAGUAUCCCCGGACUCAGAUCACUACGGCGAGAUGCCAAUCACCUGGUCUCCGAGUACUGAUCUGCUUGUUGAGUCUAUUUAGUACUCUCUAUAUGUGUGUGUUUUGAUCCUGUAUUAAUUACCUGAUGCCUAAAUUAAUAAAGUACUUGCUACUUAG